CGCCCCUCCCGUCAGUUGUAGCUGCUCCGGUUCUGCGUCAACAACCGUCUCCGGUGUGACCGUUUGUCUGUUUAACGGGUUGCUUCUGCACGUUACCGGGGAGCAAGACCCACCGGUCCGGCUUGCUGUCCACACAGAGGUCCGGUUAAGGACGGUCUUUACCUGUCGGGGUGUUUGCUGAGUCACUGGUUCACCUGUCGACCGUUCUGUUUGUCUGAUGACUGACUGACUGACUGACUGAGAGCCUCCAUCCAUCCUCCAGCGUCUCCAUCCAUAGCUGCACUAUGAGUGUAUGAUGUCUGAGAGCAGCUGCUAUGGCCUGCAGCAGCGGUCAGGGCAAUGCCGAAACUCUGGAGGGGUUCCAUGAGGUGAACUUGGCCUCGCCCACCACACCUGACCUUCAGAACCAAGCGGAGCAGCGCCAAGUUGCCCGUCACAGCGCCCCGCCCACCACUCUGUACCGCACCCACUCUCUGGGAGCGCCCCCUGCUGGCCGCCCAACCUCCCUGAGGGCCGACCAGCUCCCCACGCAGCCGGUUUACUCCACGCCACGACACAGCCACAAUGGAAGCGUGCCAGGCCAGGACGCAGAGUCCGCCGAAGGCAGCUUCCUGUCCGGAGAGGACGGCGAGGAGUGCAGCGCUCUGAGCGACAGCCUGUCGCGGCUGCGCAGCCCGUCGGUGAUGGAGGUCCGAGAGAAAGGAUACGAGAGGCUGAAGGAGGAGCUGGUCAAGGCCCAGAGGGAUCUGCUGUUGAAGGAUGAGGAGUGUGAAAGGUUGUCUAAAGUCAGAGACCAGCUCGGCCAGGAGCUGGAGGAGCUCACCGCCAGUCUCUUCCAGGAGGCCCACAGGAUGGUCAGAGAAGCCAACGUCAAACAGGCACAUGCUGAAAAACAACUGAAAGAAGCCCUGGGGAAGAUUGACGUCCUCCAGGCGGAGGUCCAGGCCCUGAAGACGCUGGUGCUUUCCUCCCCGACCUCCCCGCUGGGCGAACUCCCCUCUUCAGGGUCGAAGACUCCCUUCAGGAAGGGCCACAGCAGGAACAAGAGCACCUCCUCCGCCAUCAUGGGGACGCAGCCCGACCCGUCGGCCACGCAGCCCAUCGUACGGGAGUGUAGAGAGGUGGACAGUCAGCUGUUCAGCGACUUCAAGGCGUGGAAGGAGACGCCGACGCUCGACCGCGGCUGCUGCUUCCUGGAGAGAGUUUACCGUGAGGACAUCUACCCCUGCCUCACCUUCAGCAAGAGCGAGCUGGGUUCGGCUAUCUUGGAAGCCGUGGAGCUGAACACGCUCAGCGUGGAGCCGGUCGGUUUCCAGCCGCUGCCUGUGGUCAAAGCCUCGGCGGUGGAGUGUGGAGGACCAAAUGGGCGAAUGGCCGAGCUCGUCACAAAAUGUGCCCUGAGCGGUCAGACCAAAACCUGUAAGCACAGAAUCAAGUUUGGAGAUUCGUCCAACUAUUACUACGUUUCUCCGUACUGUAGAUAUAGAAUCACAGCAGUGUGUAACUUCUUCACCUACAUUCGCUACAUCCACCAAGGGCUGGUCAAACAGCAGGAUGCGGAGCAGAUGUUCUGGGAGGUGAUGCAGCUCCGCAGGGAAAUGUCCUUCGCCAAGCUCGGCUACUACAAAGACCAGCUGUGACCGACGGACAACCGCGCCCUCCAAUCACAGCAGACUGCACCCCGAAGCCCCGCCCUCCAACCUGCUCCAGGUUUUCCUCCUCCUCCUCCCUCCUUUGUGUGAGUGUGUUUUUGUGUGUGAGAGAGAAUAACUGGUUGUUUUCAAUCACCAUGAAAAAGACUGAAGGACUGUGACGUUGGUGGACUGUUGUCGGAGUUUUGGUGGAGUUUGAAAAUAUGAUAUUUACUUUAUUGAAACGUGUAACACUCCAAUAUAUGAAGACAACUGGCAUGAAACGAGAAGUUAAUGAAAUACGUCGACAUCUGAACUCAUCUGAGGAGCUUUCACCUUUUUUUUCUCCCCCCUCCCCUCUUAAAAUACACAUUCAAUUCAAACUGUCGAUCAUUAAAUCAGAGUUUAACAGGGCUGAAAUACAUUGAUGUAUUAAUAUACUCAAUGGAGAAUUAAAGACGCUGUUCUGAGAUUUUGAGAAUAUAGUUUGAAUAUUUAGAAAUAAGUCGUAAUGUUAUGAGAAUAGUCAUAAAACAAGGGAAAAAAAUUGGAAAAUAAGUUAUGGACAGAUAUGAUCCAAUUAUAAAUAUGAAUAUAUGUAUUCUAAAAAUAUUAUGCCUUUUAUUUCUUGUAAAAUUACACAUUUUAUGACUCAUUCUUUAUAACAUGAAAUUAUUUGCAAAAUUUCAAGACUUUUUUUUCUCAAAAUUGCAUCUUUUUUAUCUCAAAAUAUUGACAUAUUUCCUCAAAUUCUGAUUUUAUUUUCAAGAUACACCUCUUGUCUUGUAAAGUUCUGACCUAACCUUAAAAUACUGACCCUUUUUCCCCUCGAAAUUAUUGCUACAUUUUCAAAAUGUACUUUUUUUCCUCCAAAAUUUCUUGUAAAUUACAAUUUUAUUUUCACAACAUUACGAUUGUUUUCUAUCUAUUCUGUAAAAUCUCAGAUAAUGUUUCCUAACAGUGGCCCUGUUGCUCCGUCGUAGUGGAACAAGUAACUAAAAAUGUGACAACCAAACAAUCAAUUAUUGUGAAACCAUGUAUAAGCUUAUAUUUAAUUUAUGUUGUAGCAAAUGAUGAAAGCAGUCUGGGGAAUAUGAAGAAGUACAGUUGAUGCAAAGAUAAUCAGAAGAUCAUGAGUACAAACAUUGUUCUGUUCAGACUGGAUUCAUGUCUCUAGGGGAGGUGGGCUGAUUUUAACAAGACCUGCACUGCAGCUGCAAAUUCGCUGGUCCUCCUGAAAUGUAAUUAAUUUAAUUGUAAUUAUGUCUUUCAUAAGACAUAAUUACAAAAAAAAACAGAGUUUCAUCUCUUUGCUUCUAUACUCUUUGACUCUAUCAUUUACAAAAGAGCACAGUGAAUAUUUCCCCACCUCCCUCUGUAACGUUAAUCCCGUCCGAAUGGGGCUUAAAAAUGUCUUUUCAACAUGAUGAAAGUGUAAAGUAAAAGUUUAUUUAUAAUUUCUUUAAGAGUUUAUGACGGUUAUUUUGUUGUCGGGUGGUUUCAGACGUUGGUGAAGCUUCAGGAGAGUCGUCGUGUUAAAGGAAAAGUUAAACACUACAUUUGCAUUUUCUGCUGUUAAACACUACAUAAUCUUUGAGAUACUUUGACAAACAAAUUUGCGGGGUAAUAUUCCUUUAACGGCUCCUGGUGUUUUCAGCCUGCUGUAUUUAAUCAAUCAGGAAAUGUGUAGAUAGUAAGCUGUGUGUGUGCGUGGGGAUGUUGAGUGUGUUUGUAUGCCUGGUGUUGUGUAAACUUUAUAAUAUAUGUUAAUUUAAACCUGCAUCUCUCUCUCUCUCUCUCUCAUUCAAAGUCAGUGUCACUCUCCCGGUUUGGUUUAGUGCCUUUUCUCUCAGACACUCUGAAAUAAAAACAGUGAUACCUCUGGAAA